AUGUCAAGCGCGGAAAGAAGCAGAAAGUUGCCUGCCUGGAAGUUUUCUCGGGAUUUCCGCUUAAAAACAGUCGUGGGUGUGAAAAUCCUGCGGGUAAAAAGACCUCCAAGCUAGCCAAGUACUUGCAGUACACCUACGCAUCGAAUUACCUAUAAAUAUAGCUCCUGAACGACCGCUAACAUGUCGGAAAGAUCGAAAGGUGACGUGUCUCGCAUAAACAACAAUGCAAAUCCGACGCGUGUCGUUAAAAAUCCGCUUUUGAGCGCCUCCGUGACCGGCCUGAGUUUCGAUGACUUUCCCAACAAGCCGCAGCUGCUGCCCGCCGCCCCGCCCGUGGUACAUGCCACGCCCCCCGCGGCCCCCGUCCUCAUCGCUGGCAUCUUAAACCGCGAACCCAAAACAUUGGUUACCGUAGGCCAGCCAUCCAGCAUUGACGACAGCGAGGCGCUCGACGAGAUUAACUUGAAUACCAGCAGCGAGGAUUCAAUUGGCGCUGGAGGAUCGAGUCCAUAUCAAGGAGCAGGCGAUCAAAACGCCAAUCCCCUGUUGGAACCCCUUCAAGAAGCUGGCAACGAUUCACUGCUGAGCCAGGCGGCCUCCUCCUUCACCGCCCUGCCAUCAGUGGCCUCGAACGUGUUUUCCACAUUCUCGAAGCGAAUCUAUUCCGGCAGCAGGGAGUCCUCAGAGGAGCCCAAAUUGGACAUCCAGCCCACAUACAUUCAGCAGGCCAGCUACGUUCAGCCAGUAGCUCCAGUACCCGCACCCUUCUACGCAGCUCCUCCAGCGGCGUCAAACGAAGUGGUCGCCCCCGAACCACCCAAGUUCUACGCACCCACUGAGAUUCCGGCACCGAACGUUGGAGUUCCUGGUCCACCGCCGGCAGCAGGAAAUCCCAACACUUAUCGGUUCACCGCCAGAAAGAAGCUAUACGCGCCCAUUCCUGGAUUAUCAGAGCAAUCCGGACAAGGUGCCCAGAUUCCCCAGGCUCCUCAAGCGAUCCCGUCGUUCCAGACGCCACCAUAUCCACCACAGCCGACUCCCGCAGCAAAUCCUGCUCCCUUUGACAUAUCAGCUCAGCUAGCUCCAAUUCCCCCAGAAGAGCGCAAAUCAGGAAGUGGCCUAUUCUCACUGACCAGUCUUGUGCCCACGGGAGUUCUGCAGAACAUCUCGGGACUUGUGCAAUCCGCCACUGGCCGAAGCAGUGAGCCAGAAUAUACCAAUCCUCCUCAGCCAACAGUAGGAUACUUCGACGUUUCAAGCGGACCACCAGCUCCAUCAACGAACCUAUUUGGAGCUUCAAAUCCAGGAGUACCACCGGGAGGUAACUAUUUCGUACCUAGUCCCGCUCCAUCAUUAUCGUCAACCGGAGUAGUAGCUCCCACUGCUGUGGGAACUUUAUUUGGGCCACCAGUUCCAGUCCCGGGAGCACCACCAGCAGCAGCGCCCCCAGGUAUAGGUGCAUUCUUUAAUCCUGCACCGACAUCAAUCGUCCCAGGAGUUCCGCCUUCCGUUUUCACUCCAGGAGCAGCUCCACCUGUUGCCAUACAAGGAGUUCCAUCAAUUCCUGUAAACGCUUCAACAGUACCACCAGCAAGUCUCCCACCAACUUCUGCAGUUGGAGGAUUCUUUACACCUGCAUCGGGAACAAUCGCCACGGGAGUUUCACCCUCGGUUCCUUCUGUUUUCACUUCAGAAGCUGUUCCUUCUGUUGCCCCGCCAGCGGUUCCAACAAUACCUGUAUCGACAACAGCAGCACCACCUGCAAACCUUCCUCCUACAUCCGCUAUAGGAGGAUUCUUUAAUCCAGGAGAAGCACCUCUUGCUGCCAAAUCAUUUGCAACACAAGACGUAAACGCACCAGGAGUACCACCAACAGGGUUCUUUCCUCCAGCAGCGUUUCCUCCUGCAUCUAAUCCUAAUCCCUUGCCAGGAGCUCCGCCAGUAGCAGCUGCUCCACCACCAGCCGCUGGACAGGCAUCAUAUAGGCUCCAAAAGGGCACUCGCCUCUACAAGAGUCCAUUGACGGCGCAGGAAACUGCAGCAACUUCCGGAUUUGCCGCUCCUUUGCCUCCCACAUCUGUACCACCGGCAAUAUUCAACCCGUUCGGAGCACCGGCUUCAGGACCUCUGAACUCAGUGGCACAACCAGAAACUCAAGGCAACCAAGGAGUUUCAUUCGAUACACAGCCAGUGUACACUCCCGCAGUUCCCCCCACAGGCGGAAAACCUGAAAUCGGUCCAGGAUUCACCGCUCCGCCGCCGGCUGUUUCUGCAAUUUUUGCUCCUCCACCAGCGGCAUCAAUUGCAAGUGUUGUCCCUCCACCAGCAGCAUCUUUUGCCAAUUUUGCUCCUCCGACCGCAGCAAGUGUUGCUCCACCGGCAGUAGCAUCAAUUGCAAGUGUUGCUCCUCCAUCAGCAGCCUCAAUAGCAAGUGCUGCUCCUGCGCCAGCAGCCUCAAUCGCAAGUGUUGCUCCUCCACCAACAGAACCAAUCGCAAGUGUUGCUCCUCCGCCAGCAGCCUCAAUCGCAAGUGUUGCUCCACCACCAACAGCACCAAUCGCAAGUGUUGCUCCUCCGCCAGCAGCCUCAAUCGCAAGUGUUGCUCCACCACCAACAGCACCAAUCGCAAGUGUUGCUCCUCCGCCAGCAGCCUCAAUCGCAAGUGUUGCUCCUCCACCAUCAGCAUCUAUUCCAAAUCAUCCUUCAUCAGUUGGUAUUGCAAGGGUACCCCUUUUCUCAGCACCAACAAUAUCCUCCUUGGGAAUUCCUUUCUUUAAUCCACAAUCGACAAACACAGUUGCAACUUCGACAGCUUUGGAAACACUGAUUCAAGGACCUCCGUCAGUUCAAGGAAAUCCUUUGUUUGCGCCUACAUCCUCAGCCAACCCCUUCUUUGUCCCCCAACCGUCGAAGGAAUCUGCUCUGUUCACUAAUUCAGAAAGUGAAAAACUGGUCCAAGAACCCUCAUUGACCCAAGGAAUCCCAUUCUUUGCACCACCACCAGCAGGCACAGGGGAAAUAAAUCUUUUUACACCACAGCCCAACGAGGAGCAAGUAUCACCAAAAGAAGAACCCAAGAAGAUCCAGACCCAAGAGGAGCCUUUAUCUGGACCACCACCAGAAAUCACUCAAAGCGUUAACUUGUCAACGGCAACCAGCGAAGCUCCAUUCUUUGGUCCUCCUGUUAUCGAACCCGUUGUGGAAUAUACUCCAGCGACCAACCCCGAAUCGAGUGCUCCACUCUUUGCAUCAUCAAGCGAGCCAGAUCAAGGACCUGUUACAUUCCCGGCUCCAUCUGCACCAGUGGAACAAGAGACUCCAUUAUUUGUGCCAGUACCAGCUUUAUCGGGACAAAGUCAGGGUGUACCCUUGUAUCCGCCACCACCAACUGGAUCCACUGAUACUAGCGGGCCUAUUGACCCACCGUCAGCGGCUUCAAGUGAUCCAGCGCCAACAGCUGAUCCUGUAACUUCAUCAGUAUCGUCGUUCUUUUCCCCUGCUCAAGAGGACUCUACAUCUGCGUUAUUUGCACUACCACCAGCUGCAAAUACUACAAUAUUCACGCCGACGCCGCCAACAACUUCUACGUUGUUCGCCGCCAUACCAACAGCCCAAUCCGCACCAGAACUGGUUCCGGCUACAUCCGCUGAGUUAGUUGAUGCUCCGGCUGCCUUCCUUGGAACACCAGAGGCCAGCACUACCAAUCUAUUCCAGAGCAACACCGAGACUCAAACGGUCUUUAGUCCAUUUGCCCAAACUAAAGCUACGCCUUUGAUUCAGAAAUCUGGACCGGAAUUGAUUCCACCUCCAAUUGGAUUUUUCGCACAGCAGACCGAGGCCGAAGCACUUAAUCAUCCACCACUUGCCCCCUCGCCCCUGCAGAGCUUCUUUGACCCAGCACCAGGAGCAGCUGCCUCCGCGGACUUUAACUUCUUUGCUAGUCCUGCACCCGGUAGCGUUUUUCCGGAUUUGCCAGUCCAGCAGGGAAUUGCUCCGCCACCCCUGGCACUAGAGCCACCUACGGAAGCUGGUGACACAAGUACUGCCCCAGCUCCUCUCGGAUUUGAGUUGCUGAGCCAAUCCCAGCAAGCGCAAGACCAAGCGCCAAGUUCAAACGAAAAUUCCUAUCCAAAUUCAAGUGUCAACUCUUUCACCGGCUAUUUUGGUGGCCCCAGUGCCCCUCCGGCACCUUCAGUCGCACCUGAGCCAGUACCCACACCUGUUGGUCCAGUUGUAAACUGCGAUCCGGUCAAUUUCUUUGAUCAGGUGCCCCAGACCCAGUCGCAAAUCCAACAAGCCAACGAGGACCAGCGCAUCCAGAACUUCUUCAACAAUCCGCCACUGCAGGAUCAACCCGCUGCACCGGGUGAACUCAAGUACGACAUUGUCCACAGUGGAGUGGCUGUGAAGCAGCUGCAGGAGCGAUCGCAGACGCCCGUCUCCAAUCUCGUCGAGCCACCAUCAUCCGCCUGCUCCGAGUUUUCAACCCUUGCUCCAGCUCCAACUCAAAGCGAGCGCCAAGCAGUUGAGGAUCUGUUACAGCAGCACCUGGGCGAGUUGCCCGACGAUAUCCUUAGAGAGCUCAGAAUGGCCAAUGCCAACAGCGACAAGGGCCAGGUGGCCACACCUACCGUGGCUAUACCUUAUUCACCAGUGGUAGUACAUUGGUUCUACAAGCGCAGCGUGGACACAAAGUUCAUCUGGACACCAUUCAGUCACUAUGAUUCGGCCCUAUUGGAAACCAGUCUUAACCUUGACGAUUCCUCUUUGAUAAUUCCCGUCGAGGGUGGCCGGUACGAUGUGAACAUCAAGGAGCGCACCAAGACACCCGUUUAUUGGGAGGGAAAGGCCAUCGAAGUACGGCGCUGCUCCUGGUUCUACAAGGGAGUUGACUCCAAGUACGUGCCCUACACCGAGGAUACGGCCGCCCUACUUGAAUCGGAAUACAAGCGAUCUGCGGAGACUGGCGAGUGGCAUCAGAAGAUCAUGUUGGGCAAUGGCGAGCAGGUGGUCUUCCACGGACCAACCGUCAUCGUGCACUUCCUGCCGCAACAGAAUGCGGACACCUGGGGAACCAGCACACAGAGCUCCAUGCGACCACGGGUGGUCAAGAGGGAUCUGGAUGACUUCACCAUCGAACAGGGCGAAUCACAGCGAGUCGAUCACCUGCUUUUCAUGGUCCACGGCAUUGGAUCUGCCUGCGAUUUGAAAAUGAGAUCGGUGGAGGAAGUUGUGGAUGACUUCAGGGUAAUUGCCCAGCAACUGGUUCAGUCGCACUACAAAAACUCCACGGACAUGGGUCUGGUGGGUCGCGUUGAAGUCUUGCCCAUAUCCUGGCACGGUCACCUGCACUCCGAGGAGAUGGGCAUCGACGAAAAGCUCAAAUCCAUCACUCUUGAGUCGAUUCCACGCCUGCGAAACUUCACCAACGACACGCUGCUCGACGUGCUCUUCUACACCAGCCCGAAGUACUGUCAGAAGAUCAUGAACACGGUGGCCGAUGAACUUAACGACGUCUACCUAAACUACCGAAUGCGACAUCCUGAAUUCAAUGGGGGAGUCUCGUUGGCAGGACAUAGUCUCGGCUCUCUAAUCCUGUUCGAUCUGCUGUGCCAUCAGGAGCCACUCAAGGAAAGCGAGGAGGAGAAUAAAGAGAAUCCCGACCAACUGCCUCAGAAGCAGGCCAGUCUAAAGGUUCAGCUCCCGACCAGCGAUCUCCUGCCCAAACAAGUCAGCUACGCGAUGGGUCCGGAGGGCACUGGCCAGCCAGUGAUCACAUAUACACAGCUCAUAUUCCACCCGAAGAAGUUCUUCGCUCUGGGCUCGCCCAUCGGGAUGUUUGUGACCAUCCGGGGCAUCGAUAAGCUUGGCCUCGACUUCCACCUACCCACGUGUCCGGGAUUCUACAACAUAUUCCAUCCCUUCGAUCCGGUGGCCUAUCGCAUCGAGGCACUUGUGAAUCCGGACAUGAGUGGCAUUCGGCCGGUAUUGAUUCCCCACCACAAGGGACGCAAGCGGAUGCACCUGGAGCUAAAGGAGACGAUGACACGGGUGGGAGCGGAUAUCAAGCAACGUUUUAUGGACACAUUCAAGACCACGCUGGAUAGUGUCAACUUCCUGGCUACAGUGACAAAGGUGAAAAAGGAGGCCGAGGAAUCCCUGGAGAAGGAGACAAGUCAGACGUCUUCGCAGGCCCUGCAAAAGCAAAACGAGGAUCACGACGAGAGCUCUGUGGCCAGCUCAUCCUACAAACUAAGAAAUCGCACCGAUUCCAAUUCGACCACGGCCUCUGAACCUGAGUUUAUCGAACUUGACUUCCCGCUGGGAAAGCUGAACGACUCAAAGCGAGUGGACUACGUGCUCCAGGAAGCGCCUCUGGAGUUCAUCAACGAAUAUAUUUUCGCCCUGAGCAGCCAUGUGUGCUACUGGGGCUCCGAAGACACAAUCCUGUUCGUUAUGAAGGAGAUCUACGCCAGCCUGGGCAUCAGCACAGACAGCCAGGUGCCGCAGUCCUCAAUGACCAUCGAGCGACCCGUCUCCCACGAGAGCAGUGUCAGCCAUUCGCUGUUGCCGAUGUGAGUUCACCAAACCACACGAGAGCUCUGUCGGAUCGGCCGAUCCCACGACCCACACACCCCAUAACUUUAUAUAUAUUUAGUACCAAUUUAUUUAGAUAUGUUAUUUGUUAGCCGAAUCAUACAAAGAAUUUUCCAUAUGUGCAACUCUAA